AUGGCUGGAUAUGGCUACGGGGGGCCAUAUGGAGCUGGUGGGAGGUACCCACCUCCAGCUCAGCCGUAUGGGAACCCAUACGCAGUGCUGGCACCGUCCUCCUUUCCGCCGGGCACCGAUCCGAACGUGGUCGCCUGCUUCCAAAUGGCGGACCAAGAUGGAAGUGGCCUGGUUGACGAUAGAGAGUUGCAGAGAGUUCUUUCUUCUUACAACCAAAGCGUCAGCCUCCGCACAGUUCGCCUUCUCAUGGGACUCUUCACUUUCACAAACACCAGAAAGAUAGGGCCAAGGGAAUUCACAGGACUCUUUCACUGUCUUCAAAUAUGGAGGGGCACAUUUGAAAGAUUUGACAGAGACAGGAGUGGGAAAAUUGAUGGGCCAGAGCUGAGAGACGCGCUCUUGAGCAUGGGGUUUGUGGUGCCACCAGUGGUGGUUGACAUGCUGGUCACUAAGUAUGACAAAUAUGGAGAUGGAAGCCGGGCAAUCGAAUAUGAUAACUUCAUCGAGUGCUGCCUCAUUGUCAAGGGAUUAACCGAGAAAUUCAAGGAGAGAGACACCAUGCUUUCUGGUUCAGCAACAUUCACUUACGAGUCCUUCAUGCUCACCGUCUUGCCCUUCCUCAUUGCAUAG